AUGAAUAUUGACAUUCCACAAUUGCCAUAUAAAUUCGAAAAUCUUCCAAAUGAAAUUUUACUUGAAAUAUUUGAUUAUGUUCAUUUAAAUGAUUUAAUCCGUGCUUUUUAUAAUUUAAAUUAUCGUUUGAAUUCAAUUUUAUUUUCAUCGAAUACUCAUUUAUAUAUUGUUUUUCCCGAUGAUAUCAUUGGAAAUAGUACUCAUAAGAAAAUAUUAUUGGAUUUCAUACGAAGACAAAGAUAUAUUGCAAGGCUUCGACUUUCAAAUGAUGGGCCAUUACUAGAACAUGAAUUUAUACGGUUUCCAUAUAUUCGUUCCUUAAUUCUUGAUAUUCCUACAUCGAAACAUAUCGAAAUGGUUUCACCAAAACAAUUCCCUCGCUUGGAAUAUCUUCGUGUUGGUUAUGCAUCCGCUACAGUUCAAUUGAAUAAACUUCAUCAACAUAUAUUUUCUAAUGGAUUUCCAUUAUUAAAAAAAUGUUCCUUGAAUAAUAUUGGCGAAUAUCAAUCAUGGACUGGUUCACCAUCCAUAUAUUCAUUAGGCAUAUGGUCAAAUGAUCCACGUUUAGUGAUUCAAAGAGUACUAUGUGCAUCGAUGUAUCUAAUUUCUUUUCAUCUAUUUCUUAAAUGGCCAUCAACUUAUUCCAUACUCCAGGAUCAAAUCAUUCCACAACAUACGCAUUUAAAAUAUUUAAAACUACAUCUAUCUGGUUUAUGGACAUUAGAAAAGUUAGAUUCAUUUCUUGCCUACAUUCCAACUGUUAAAAUUUUAGAUCUAUCUUCAUCGUAUUUCGAUUCGCUCAUGAUUUAUUUUCAAUGGAAUUUUAAAGAAUUAUCUUAUAUAUUUUCAUGUCGCCUACCAAAUCUUUCUCAUUUUGAUUUACCAGGUCUAUCUUGCUCAACUACCAUCAUUCAUUGGUCAGACAUGUCAACUCGAUUAGAAUCUUUGCCAAAUGAAAUAUUAACUGAUAUGUUUAUAUACUUUGAUAUUUCAAGUUUGUAUCAUAGUUUCAGCGGAUUAAAUCAAAGAUUCAACAAUCUUAUUCAUUCAUUGAAACAUCAUGCUCUAAUUAUUGAAAAACAUAACUUAUCAUUAAUCGAAUUAUAUGCUUCUCAAAUCAUGCGAUUAAAAAUAAAUACUCCCCUACCAAUUGAUAUAAAUGAAUGUUCAAAUUUAAUUUCAUUGGAAUUAUGUCAAGCAAGUAAAAAUCAAAUAGAACAAAUUCGAUCUGAUAUAAUGCCAAACUUAGUGUGUCUUACAAUAAUACCUCCAUAUCACAUUUCAUUACCUAUGGCAUUUACGCAAGAAGUAUUUUCCAACAGUUUUCAUCAUCUUCGUUCUGCACGUUUAAGUCGUUUAGAUACAUUUGAAUUACUACCUGGAUUUCAAUCCCUUUCCCUACGUACGCUCUAUAUAACUUGUACUAAUGCAAAUACGAUUCAUCGGGUUCUGCAAGCAUGUCCCAAUCUCUUUUCUUUACAUGCACAAUUUUUUGGUCAACAUCAUCAUAUUGUUGAACCUAUAUCAUCAGUUUAUAAUCAUUCAUUAGAAAAGUUUUUACUCGAUGAUCCCUAUCAUAAUUUUUCAUUUGAUACGCUUAACACUAUUUUUCUUUGUAUACCCAAUGUCAAAUAUUUAGUUUUACAAUUUUCAUGUCGUGUACCAUUUAUAGAUCUUGUUGAAAAUAUUUUAACUCGACUAACACAGUUAGAUCAUUUUGAAUGUGAUAUUUUAGAAUUUCCAAAUGAUCAUAUGGUCAAUGUUGAAAUUAUCCAACAAAUAAAUGAAUGUUUUCGAGUAUUAGAAUCAUUUCAUAAUCUUAAAUUUGUAUUUUAUUUAACAACAUCGAAUAAUAGUCUUAUCUGCAAUGACCAAAUAUUUCCUGUUUACGGUCAUACUUUAAUCGUUGAUUCGAAUGUUGAUGUUGGUCUUAAUCGAUUUUCAAAUAUUCGCCGACUUAAAUUCGAAUGGUUUUCUAUGACAGAACUUGCAAGAAUCUCUGCCAAUGUGCUUCCUUAUUUAGAGGAACUCAAUUUAGUAUGCAUAGCAACAUUACGACCAUAUAAUGGAUCAUUAUUUUUAUCAACAAUUCGCACUUUAAAAACUCGAUUUACUGAUUUCUCAUCUUAUCAAACAUUUCUAUCUGCAUGUGCUAAUUUAAGUUGUUUUCAAUGUUCGAUAUUUACUUCUGAUAAAUGUAAUUACAUUGAAUCACCAAAUACAUAA